AUGAAGGUGGAGAGGAAGACCUCCUCUACAGGCAACAGUUUUACUGACAUUCCUCCUCUACUGACGCUCUUUGGCCUCCUCCUCCUUCUCUUCACAGGUGAGGUGUCAGGGGUGAAUGUGACCAGCCAAACCCAGGUGGUGAGGGGCACGGUGGGCAAAGAGGCCCUCUUGUCAGUCAGCUACUCCAGCAGCAGCUUGGACAAGCCUGUAAUUAAGUGGCAGCUAAAGAGGGACAACGAGAAACCCAUCACUGUUGUGCAGUCCAUAGGAACAGACAUCAUAGGGAACCUGAGGCCAGAGUACCGCAACCGUAUCCUGGUCUUUGAGAACGGGUCGCUGCUGCUUCACAACCUGCAGCUGUCAGACGAAGGGGCUUACGAAGUCGAGAUCUCCAUCACAGAUGACACCUUCACUGGAGAGCGCUACAUUGGGCUCACUGUGGAUGUCCCCGUGUCCAAACCUUACAUCCAGAUGAUGGCCUCGUCUGUCCUGGAGUACAGCGAGCACUUUAACCUCCACUGUUCCCACGAUAAUGGCACAAAGCCCGUCUACGGUUGGCUGAAGGGAGGCAAGGUGCUAACCAAUGACACGCGUCUGCAGCUUUCACAUGACCAAAAGGUGCUGACCAUCUCACGCGUUGUGAUGUCAGACGAUGACAUUUACGCCUGCACAGUGGAGAACCUCAUCAGCAGCAUGAAGAGCAUGCCUGUCAAGCUCACUGUCUACAGACGGAGCUCGCUAUACAUCAUCCUGUCCACCGGGGGCAUAUUCCUCCUGAUCACCCUGGUGACAGUGUGCGCUUGUUGGAAACCAUCCAAAAAGAAGCAUCGACCUGUCCCUCAAAGAGCUCCCAUCUAUCUGGAGCAGAGUGAACAUAGCCAUGAUGUUGAUGUUGUUCCCAAACCAACUACACUUGGUCGAAGGAGUCCCAUGCCUCUUUAUGUUCUCAACGAAGAUGAGACUCUGGAGCGUUUCGAAGAAUAUACUGGCAAUGCUGCCAUCCAAUCAGAACUGAGUAUUCCUGCUUUGUAUGCUCCAGUGCUUCCUAGUCCUUCCUCCUCCAAUAGAACUGAGCGGCCCGUCUGGUCUGCCCCGCGCAGAUACCCCCGCAGCCCCUCACCACUGGCACAGCCUCUUCCACAACCCUUUGCAGGCCCUCCGCUUCGCCCCGUCCGCUCACCUGCUCACUCCCCUGGUUCAUCGCCACGAAGUUUCAGCCCGAUAAGAAAAGCCCGUCCACCAGUCGGCAUCCCAAGCAGCCACCUGCCUGUAGAGGUCGAGUGCCCGGACCCUCGUGAUCAGACUCACUGUCCAUCACAGCAGUGA